AUGCCGAUAGAUAGAGACCUUAAUACCGAUUUAAUUUUACUCAAUGAAGAAAAUACAGCGGCUCAAAAUUUAGCUGUCACCGCGGCUAAGGUAGCCCUCAACAACUUCGAAUGGAGAUACAUGACUAUGGUUCUCCAUAACUCCUCAAUUCUUCUCGGAUUAAGCGCGUUCAUGCAACUUUAUCGGAAAAGUGUCGUCGUCGGCAAUCGAUUCCUCGAUUUUGAAGAAUACACUAGAGACAAGAUCAUACAGUUUGUGGUUUUUGGAUCAGACUUGAAUAACAUAAAACAUAUACUGAAUUGGAUGCGCAAUAAGCAAUUUGACAACACCGGCAAAUUUAUUGUCAUUUGCAAGAGCUGCGACGAGCGUGAAGCGAUAAACAUAUUCUGGGAUCACAAGAUAACAAAUGUGGUUUUUAUUAAUUAUAGUUCCAGAGCUAGCAAUUUAAUUGGUUUUACAUAUUCUGUUUAUGAUAACGAAAAAUGUCAAAUAAGUUUACCUCGCCCACUUCAGGAAACCUGCAUUCAAAAUUCGUGCACAAAAUUAUUUCACAUGAAACUUAAAAAAUUUCACAGGUGUCCGAUAAUUGUAUCUACGAUAAUUCAGGUCCCCCUUAUGUCUCUGGAGUCGGGAACCCCACAAGGCGCAGACGGUGACCUCUUGCUACUCAUCGCAGAUGCUUUAAACGCAACUCUGAAGGUAAUGACUCCCCAUUGGGGCUCCGGCUUUGGACAGCUAAACACACACGGUUAUUGGUCAGGAUCCUUGGCAGACGUUUACUAUGACCUUGCCAAUUUCUCUAUGACAUCCCCAUGUAUAACUCUGACCAGAAGCAGAGAUUUUCAUAUGUCCACAAAUUACUAUUCGAACAAUAUUAUUUGGGUCACUCAUCCUGCAAUACCGCUGCCAGCUUGGCAAAAACUUUUGCGACCAUUUCAAAUAAUAGCUAGGAUAUCUCUAGUUGUUACAUUUUUAUUCGUCAUACUGGUAGCUAUGUUCCUCAAAAGCAAAUACUGGACAAAAAAAUCCAAAGGAAUAAUUACGACAACGCGACCUCAUCAAUGCUUCUUGUUCAAUGUAUGGGCAAUUUUCAUGGGUAUGCCCAUGACGAAAUUGCCGUCAAAACCGGCAUGUAUGACCAUAUUUUUGCUCUGGGUGUAUUAUUGUUUUAUGAUACGAACGUUCUAUCAGACAUCACUUAUCCGCGCCAUGAAAAAUAACUAUAACUCUACAGAAUUCGAAAAUCUUGAAGACAUUUUAAAUUCUGGUUAUCCAUUUGGUGGUGUGCCAUCGCUCAAGGAGUUUUUCUUUGACGUUCCUGAAGUAUAUAACAACUGGAAACCCAUUAACAGCUCCGACAUUUUUCAAAUUAUGCUCAGUUUAUCGAAAGGAAUGAAGUACGUUCUGGCUGUGAAAAAGGUUACUGCUAAAAAUUUUGUUUCAAAACAUUAUGGCAAUUUACAUAUUGUGCCCCAGACCAUUGUGACGAGUCCCACUGUUUUAUUUUUUAAGAAAUUCUCUCCAAUGGUGGAGUCCGUGAAUCAAGUACUCGAGCGAUUAAACGAAGGCGGUUUCACUGAGAAGUUCUAUAAAGAUCACGCCAAUAUACAAACAAUAACGAAGAUAGAAAGUUCAGAAGCAAUGAACGUUGGACACUACGCGGGAUGUUACGUGGUAUUGGCCGCUGGAUGGAUUGUAUCGAUAAUAGUUUUCUUUUGUGAGAUUUGUUACAAAUAUAGUAAACAAUAA